AAAAGUAAAAAUACUUUUGUUUUGAAAAAAAAGAUUUAAAAAAAAAAAAAAAGAGCUAAGCUCUAAUAGUCGGAGUACAUUUGGUUUCGUCUAGCAACAGUGUUCCCGUUUGCUCUCUAACUCGUUUGCUCGUCUCCUUACAUCACCAACCCUAACUAUGGCUCAUUUACUACAGUCAGAUAUUCUCUUUCUAUUCCUUCUCCUUUCUUUACAUGUUAUUAUUAUAGCUCAAGGAAACGAGUCGAACAUCAUCCGACCAGGUUCUUCACUUUAUGCCGGAAAACACCCUCGUUCAUGGCCCUCAUCUUCAGGGUAUUUCCAAUUUGGUUUCUAUCGCCAAGGCAAUGGAUAUGCGGUUGGAAUCUGGCUUGUUGGCCGGCCAGAAAACACCAUUGUCUGGACUGCAAAUCGAGAUGAUCCGACUGUCUCCUCAAAUGCUACUUUGGAAUUCACAACACAAGGCAGUUUGCUUCUUCGGACUGAGGACGGUGUGGAAAAAAUUGCGAAUCUGGCCGGGUCGGUAUCUGUUGAUUCAGCUUCUAUGUUGGACACCGGGAAUUUCAUGCUCUACCAGAACAGGACUGUUGUUUGGGAGAGCUUUAAUUUUCCAACGGACACAAUAUUAGGAGGCCAGAAUUUAAGCGGUUCUCAUAACCAGUUGAUUUCCAGUGUGUCAAGGUCAAACCAUUCAUCUGGGCCAUAUUUGUUGAGAAUGCAGGAUGAUGGUAACCUUGUAGCCUAUGCAAAUAAUCCUGCUGAACUUGAUCCUAGUGAUGCAUACUGGGCCACUAUGACUAAUGGUUGGUAUUUUUCUGUGUUGAAUCUCAAUGAGAGAGGCGUUCUAGCAAUGUAUUCAUCACCAAAAUUCCACCAAGAAAAAGUUUUGGCAAACCUCUCCGCAACUGGGAACGAAACAAUGAUUAUCUACAGAGCAACCCUUGAUCCUGAUGGAAAUUUCAGAUUGUACUCGCAUCAACUCGAACGCAAUACUAUCUCACACAAGUGGCAGAUUCUGAAUGAUGAAUGUGAUGCUAAAGGUCAAUGUGGGUUGAACAGCUACUGCUCCAGCAGGGGUAAGGAUACUGAGUGCUACUGCUAUCCUGGUUUCACAUUUAUCGACGAGAAUACCAAAUCCCUGGGCUGCUCUCAGAAUUUCACUAUAGAUGAGUGCGUGGCAAGGAAAGAUCUAGUGAUACAUUACAACAUCACUACCUUAGACAAUAUUGAUUGGGCUGGUGAUCCUUAUUCUGUCAAGCAAAACUUGGAAAAGGAAGACUGUAAGAAAUCUUGCCAGGAGGAUUGCUCCUGUGGCGGAGUUCUCUAUUCUAACCGAAAAUGCUGCAGCAUGUAUAUGCUACCGCUCAAAUAUGGUAAAAGACAUGGAAAUAUAACAACCACAGCCUUCAUCAAGUUGAUUCUGGGUAGCACCAUUAGCCACCCACCCGAAACAAGUCAAAUAUUGAUAAGCGAAGGAAACCAAAGCCUCAUUUUAACCAUGGGCUUAAGUUUGGGUUCCGUUGCAAGCUUGUGUUUUGUGAUUGCAAUAGGUAGCUUCUUGUUAUACAAGCACCGAGUCCAAAAUUAUGAGAAGCUUUUAGAAAAUAAAAGUUCAGGAUUAACCGAGCAGUUUACGCUACGAUCAUUCACUUUCGAUGAGCUAGAUGAAGCAACAAAUGGUUUCCAAGAUGAGUUAGGAAAAGGUUCAUUUGGAACAGUUUAUAAAGGAAUUUUGCGGGAUGGUAAAAGUAAAACUAUUGCCAUUAAAAGACUGGCGAAAGUUAACGAAGGAGAAACAGAUCAGAUUCGAACCGAGAUGACAGUCAUUGGAAGAACUAAUCACAGGAACUUAGUCCGAUUGCUUGGUUUUUGUGUGGAAGGUUCAAGGAAGCUCCUCGUUUAUGAAUACUUGGGCAAUGGCUCACUGGCAAACUUUCUGUUCAACAUGAAUAAACGCCCAGUGUGGAAAGAGAGAGCCCGAAUUGCAUUGGACGUAGCUAAAGGUAUCUUUUAUUUACAUGAAGAGUGUGAGGUGUGUAUCAUCCAUUGCAACCUCAAGCCCCAUAACAUACUCUUGGAUGAUUCAUUGACUGCAAAGAUUUCAGAUUUUGGGUUGGCAAAGCUAUUGAGGACUAAUCAAACAUGCAGUACCCCUAGGACCAAAGGGACUGCAUGGUACUCGGCACCUGAAUGGCAAAGCAGUGGAUUGGUGUCGGUAAAAGUUGAUGUAUACAGUUUCGGGGUGAUACUAUUGGAGAUCAUAUGUUGCAGAAGCAACAUAGAAGUACAAGUUUGUAGUGCAGAUGAGAUACUGCUUUCUACAUGGGUAUACAGUUGCUUUAUUGGCGGAGAAUUGAAUAAGCUUGUGGAAGGUGAAGAAGAAGUGGACAUGAAAAUGGUGGAAAGAUUUGUGAAGGUAGGGCUUUGGUGCAUUCAAGAUGAUCCCAAUUUGCGUCCAUUGAUGAAAAAUGUCAUCUUUAUGCUGGAAGGAACAAUGACUAUACCAGUCCCUCCAUCUCCAUCACUUCUGUUAUAACUUUGAUUUAGUAUUUACUUUAAUUUUGCUUUUCAUGUGAUGCAUGAUGAUGUGCUUAUUUUUCUUUUCUUUAAUGUAAUGCAAUUAUGUAAGAUAAGAGAGUUUAAUUCUAAAAAAUAAAAUUUCAGUAGUUAAAAAAUAAUAGUGUUAAUU